AUGCCUACGAUCAUCGCUUUGGAUGUGUCGCUUUCCAUGACUCGCCCGAUUCCGAGCCAAUCUAACACCGGUACGCCUGGUAAUGGAGGUUCCGAGAAUGUGAUGACUUACCAUCAGCUGGCGGUUUUGGGCAUUAAUUCCAUUCUGGAUUACCUUUCGAAGCAUGCGCGCCUCGAGUUUGUUUCAAUGAUCAUCUAUUCGUCGCUGUUCGAGGUGGUGGUGGAUUUCACUCGCGAUUACGAUGCGAUCCGGCAGGCGCUGCACAAAAUCGAACAUUACGACAAGACGAGUCUCGAGAACGUGCUGGUGGCGGUUAACAACGCAUUUAAGGCGCACUGGGGCAGCCAGAACUACUGCCAGAUCAUCUUCGUCACCGAUUGCGGCGUGGGUAUUGGACCGAGUUCGCUCAAGAACACGAUCAUCAACAUCCAAACCUACAAGGCGGCCUGUUUGGCAGCGGUCACGGCCGCAGCAGCGACCUCUUCCAAAACCGACUGCUUAAAGUCACCCGGGAAAGCGGCCGCAGUAAUUCCGCAACCAUCCGACAACCAGUGGGUUGGUUUUUCCUAUCCGAGCAAGCUGUCAUUCGUGUGUCUGGGCAGUCUGGCGACGGAUUCGGCAUUUCGCUGUGGCACGAAGCUUUACCAGCAGCUACUCGAUGUCAGUGGACAGAAGGGGCAACUCUUUAUCCCACGCAUGAAGCACGACGAGUCGGUUGGCUCGGAUGAAACCACUUUGCCAGCCACGGGAGACGACGGUGAGGAUGUCAUGAAGCAGCUUACACGAUCGUCCGCACUGGAGGCGUUCGAAGCGAUGUGCGACACCAACUACCGACAGUUCGAAGCUACGCUGCGCUGUGGAGGAUACUUCCGACUGGAAGACCCCGUUAUCGUAUGGCCUGCACCGCUAGCGUACACCGCACGAGACGUUCUCGGAGUUGAGACUACAAAGCUGAUGUCACGACGGUUGGAAGUUUGCGGUUUUCUCAGCAUGUCGGACAUCGGUUCCCCGAUGUCUGUUAGCAGACAUUUGAUUUUACCGCGCAACGCCAGUCCAUCGUCAUCGGAGCAUGCAGACGGAGCGAAAACAUCCGUCACAUCAGGAGGCAAAAAUGGACAUGCCCUUCCCAGCGCCGAGGAACGUCUUGAGGCAGAUAUCAAAGCGUUUUACACGAAACCGGACAGUGGCAGUGCGUCGGAACACCACCAGCACGACGAGCACACCAUUGAUGGGGCCGACGUUAACAAGGAAUCGGUGUGUGUGCUGUUGCACGGUGCGCUAAAGGUGGAAAAUAUGGCCGCACUGGUGCUACUUGGUGACGCCUGGUAUGGCUUCAUUUACUCGUACGCGGAUGGCAAGAAAAAGUGGAAUCUCAUGCUUAACGUGCUGCCACCGGGUAACGACGUGGUGCCCUGGCUGGGCGAUUUACGCUAUCUUGGGACGCUGGAGGAUGCGUUCCCGGGUGAGAAUCCCGCGUUCCCGAUCAAGUCGGAAAAACGCAGCUACUCGCAAAACAUCGUCGUUUGGAUUCGGCAGGCGGGUUUGCAGUCGGACAUACAGAAGGUGCUGCGGCAUGCGAAGAAGUUGCCCGAAAAAACGCAACAUUUCUACAAGGAGCUUAACCGCAUCCGAAGGGCAGCCUUGUCGCUCGGUUUCGUCGAACUGUUGGAAGGACUGGCGCAUAUAUUUGAGCGGGAAAUAGGCACGCUUCCGUUGAGUGCCUCGCCGGACUGUUCUAUGCAGCUGAACCACGCUGCCAUGGAGUUGCGCAAGCCGGUCAACCGCGACAUGAAAUCCAUGAUCCACGCCCUCCCGACGCAGUAUAACCAGCUAGGAUAGGUUUGG